AUGCAGGUCCAUGCUGUGCCCGAUUCGGAGCGCGCGUUCGAUUCGACGGGAAGGAAAUUGCCUUGGGCAUUCGAGUUUGCAGACUCGGACAAGAACCAGCGACGCAUGCCCGAAGAGAAGGGCCCCUUCGGAAAAGCACGCAAACGCGGAACCUCACGAGCAAAGACACCCACGACUAAGAGCGCGGCGGACGAAGCAAAGCUCGACAAUCAGCGCGCGAUUGACGACAUCUUUGGCCGCUUCAGGGUAGACGAGGAUAAGAGGCGCUCACUAUCAGCACGACCAGUAGCAGCACUACCACCCUCCGCAUCCGCCCCGAAUCUCAUAGACGCAGGAGGUCUCGCUACAUCGUUCCAAGCGAGCAGCGCACCGACAAAUGGUGUAAUAAAGGAGCCCAAAGAAGUGAUUCUCUACGGCUACGGCACCGACGCACAAUGGGCGGCAAUAUCGCACUACGAAAGGGUAUCCGGGGGCCUGGUCUAUGAGGAGUACGACCGCGAACCCUACAAUCCCAAGUCCGGGUACACCUUCGCUUCGCAGCGCUCCCUCCACUACAAAUCCCUGGCCAAAUCGGCGUUACGGAAGGUCAACGAAUUUGUCGGGGGUGAUCAUUGGAUCAAGGUCACUUUCGACUCAGCGGAGGCAGCGGAGAGGGCGUGUCAUUAUAGCCCAAAGAGUAUUCAAGGCUGGACCGUAUACGCAGAGCCGUACAGAGGGACAGGACCAACAGUCGGCGACAAGGCGAUUCGCGCUGAGGCGGGAGGAUUGUCACAGACUGCUUCGCCAAAUACAAUUUCGUCUGGUACCGUAGGAGCAAGAGAUACGAGCCAAUCCUCAACAACCGUCUCGUCAGCUACGGCAACCGCUUCGAUACCAGCAUCACAAGGCUUACUAUCACGAUCCGUCACAGAACCAAUGCUCCUACGCGCAAGCGGCGCCUUCCCAAGUCACGUCGAUGACCUCUACGCAGCUCCAGCGCCGCAAGCCCAAACCCAGCUCCAGCCUCAGGCUUCAACAAACGCAGCAUCCACAGCACUCAACCCCCGCUCCCAACGAGCAACUCUCCGGCUCAAAGGCGCAAACGUUAAACCCGCAGUCUUUCUCCCCCAGGAAAAAGCUUUCCUCCCUGCACCUCCCCGCUGGCAACAAACAUUCGGUUCACUACCCAUAAUAGGCUGGGUCAUUGGCUCGGGCCAUGGGAUUAUCGGGGAUCAAGUACCGAGAAAGGAAGACGGCACCUUUGAUGAGAACAGUGCGAGUUUGUAUUGGAGGGUGUGGUAUAUGGUGGAUACGUGCAUGGGGUCAGACUUUUGUGGGGUAAAAGAUGCGGAGUACGAUGAUUGA